CAUGAAAGAUAUGUCAAUAGUCGUUGGCAGUCACACGCUCAAUAUAGGCGGCGACCGUUACAAGAUUAAGAAAUUGGUCCCUUAUGAGAAGUAUGAUAACAACUAUCUAAAGAAUGACAUAGCCGUCAUACAGGUCAAUGGCAAAAUCAAAUACAGCGAUAAAGUUCAACCCAUUGAGUUGUUAAAAGAAAUGGCGCCAAUUGGAAAGAAAUGUCUCUUGACUGGCUGGGGACACGUAGACUAUAAAAAGAAAACUGUACCAAACAAUCUUCAAAUGUUGGAGUUUGAAACAAUAAGCAAUGACGACUGCACUAAACAAUUGAACGCUCGCCUUUCCCAAAAUAUGUGCCCUUCAAACAACGGUGAUUCCGGUGGACCUCUCGUCAUUCAGGACGAUAAGAACAAAACUCUUCAAAUUGGAGUCGUGUCCUGGAUAGUUCCCUGCGGCAAAGACUUUCCUGAUGUAUUUGCUUCAGUCCAUGGUUUCCACGAUUGGAUACAGAGCAAAAUUAAAUGAAUUAUUGAAUAAUUCAAGAUGGUUACAUCUGUUCAAAUUAU